GCCAUCCGUCCACCUCUCUCCGGAUAUCCGCAUUGUCCACGCAUGCCAGCUCAGAUGCUCCUAUCCUGCACGAACGUUUACGAAAGCACGUAAUAAGACCGUCUUGUAUAAGCCUAGUGGUGUGAGAGACGUUCCAGCGCACGACCAAAAUGGACGACCAGUUCGCAGACGGCUCCUCUUGGCACUCCAUCCGCCCCGGCUACCCCUCCCUCUCCCUCUCCGUCCGGGAAAUCACCUCCGUCUCCGUCACCUUUGUCCUCUCCUCUCCCUACUCUGCCCACGACGCAGACAUCUCCCUCGCAUCCCUCGGCCUCUCCUCUUCCGACGAUGACGAGGCCUCCACUAGCAGAGAAACCGCGAGCGUCGCCGACACCGAUCAGCCGCAGAUUGUUAGCGGCAUAAUCCGGAACGGCUUCUCGGUCAAGGUUAACGGCACCCCGUGGAGGAAGGUCAUCGUCAGCAAGGAUGAGGUCGACGACGAGGCCAUCAUCAUCGUCCACGGCCUCAUGCCCGCCAGGCAGUACGACGUCGAGCUCGGGGUAAUGCCGGGAGAGACGAGUUUGCGGGGCCAAGUCACCACAGGUGCGUCCUUUCGAUCAUCACUAGUCCGCCUUGCCGCCUCCCUGCGCGAAUCUGCGUGGCAGUCCGCCACUGCGCUAUCGUCCCCCGUUAUCGCGAGAUACGCAAUCUAUGUCGUCAAUCAUGUGUCUGCGCCCAGCGUCCUGUCGAAGUCAUCGGGUAGCAGACACUAACCCAAGACGACGUCCUUCUGCGCGAGAUGGCGGCUCACGCGACCGGGGCUUGAUAUGCGCCUCGAUAUGAAUGAUAGUGGGCCGACUGCUUUACUACUGCGUCUCCCCCAUAGCGGUAUUGCUUUGAACCCCAUCUCGCCAGCAUGAACCUAUACCAGC